GGAUCGUCGAUGCCGUCCUUGGCUACUCGCUGCAUUCGUCCCUCUUUCCCAUCAUACUAUACCAUCUCAGAUACCAAGCAGGUCGACGCUACUGCCCAAAGAUGGCAGAGACACUCGUCGAGAUACCCAGUGUGUCGCGCCUCUCGCCACGGGUGAUACGCAUCCUUGGACAGAAUCCCGGCAAGUUCACAUUACAAGGCACCAAUACCUACCUCAUAUCAUCGCCGGAAAAGUCCAGCCCCUCGGCCGAGAGUGUGCCCUCGAUCCUCAUCGACACAGCAGAGGGAGCUCCAGAAUAUCUCGACCUUGUCAAGAAGGUCCUGACGGGUCAACACGCCGACACUGGCUCUCAAAAGCGUCAUAUUACCGACAUAAUCCUCACACAUUGGCAUCAUGACCACGUCAAAGGUCUACCCUCGGUCCUCAAGACCAUAGCAGAUCUCUCCCAUCAACCCCCCAAGAUUCAUAAGUUCCCGAACCAAGAUCAGGACCCGUCCAUUCAGAGCAGCAUCGAGGGAUCAUCGUCUGCCAGUAGCCUUGCAGCACUAAAUGACGAGGCAAUUAUGCAAGCAGGCAGUAGCGCUUCCCUCCGCGCUCUGCACACGCCGGGACAUACUACGGACCACCUCUCCUUCCUUCUAGAGGAAGAGGGCAUCUUCUUCAGCGGAGACAACGUCCUCGGUCAGGGUACCUCAGUCUUCGAAGAUCUAGGCGCAUACAUGGGCAGUCUCGACAGGUCACUGAAAGUCUUGGAGCAGGCUGGUGCGCCAGAGGGUGGAGCUGGCGAGGAGAAUAAGAUCUUCCCCGCUCAUGGCCCCGUCAUCGAGGAAGGUAGGAAGAUGAUCAAAACGUAUCGCAGUCAUCGAUUGGACAGGGAGAAGCAGGUAUUGCAGCUGUUGGGCGAGAGCAGUCCCAGCGGGAAGAAGGAUGAAGAGACGGGAUCGCCCGUGUGGACCGUCAUGGACCUGGUAGGGAAGCUCUAUGCUGCAUAUCCCGAGGCCCUCUAUCCAGCAGCAGCCAGGGGCAUCUUCCUCCAUCUGCACAAGCUCGGCGCAGAGUCAAAGGUCAAGUGCACAGGAGCAGAUGGAACCUUUCUGCCCCCGGUGACUCCGCUGAAGGUGGAGUACAUGGAGCUAAGCUGGUCCCCGUCUUCCUCAGCCACAAGCGGGCCUGGCAAGCUGUGAUAGAUGGAUAGUAGCAGCUCGUUCAAUGUCUAAAAUUACAGAUGUCUUCCUCGUCUCGCCCUGCAUAUCGUAUCACCGUGCCCAGAGUCGACUAGGCAAAAGAGACCGUCUUGUACUUCUUGGGUGGCUGUGCCUUGAGUGGUCCUUUCACCUUCCUAGCUUUGGCCUCUUCGUCAUCUGAAUCAUAUGCCGAGACGU